CUUACCACACAAGGUUACGAAACAGACGCCAUCUUGGCUCAAAUGAAAGUCGCUAGCGUGGGAAUCUCACGCCACUUCAGCGUAGCUUGAGCCAAAAUGUCCCACCCUUGCUGCAGUUCGUAGUAACCUUCUCCAUUAAAUCUUCGGGGGAGGGAUAUACGAGAGCUGUCGCACAAACUACUUCUUCCUUCACUUCUGUGGAACACUGGAAAAUGGCCUAGCGGUGCCUGGAGAUAUCCUGCAGAUGUCAAAGACAUAGUCGCUUGCUUAUUUGACACGAAGUAUGUUGGAUUUUACCCGGGGAAUUUCAUGGCUGAAUCGUGCGUGAAGAUGAUAAUGAUGAUGGGGAUUCCACCGAUUUGGCUGUCUAAUGUGUGUGAAACUGGAUGAGACAAGGGCUCUAUCAGGAGCCUUUGUGCAGAUAGACCUGCAAUUACUGAAGAGGACCUCUGGGCAGGUUCACACGGUGCUUGGCAGGGUGGAGUUUCUUGACCCAUGGAGAAUUACUUUCAGGCUGAAGCCUUUAACCUGGACAAGGUGCUGGAUGAGUUUGAACAGAACGAAGAUGAAACGGACACGCCGACUCUCUCGGAUGCCAAGUGGACCCAGAUUCUCGCCCCGCCAUCGCACCUCCUUUCCCUGAAUCCGGCACUGACCCACUCCGACCUCAGCCCAAGGGACAGCCCUAUCAGCUUCAAGCCGCUUCUAGACGGCCAGACAUCAGACGGCCCCUCUUUGGCUGAGGUCACCAGGUUAGAGGGGAAACAGGGGCAGCAGCCAGAGGGCAGGAGUGAAGAACGGCCAGCAGAUGUUCACAGUCCUCCUCUGCCCCAACCCAACAUUGGCAAGCUGGUGAGCACCGAUGGGCAGUCACCAGACUUGAAGUCCUCCAACAGAGUGGUGCUGGAAAACGGUUUUCCAUCAAGUCCUGAUCUUAGCAGCCGGACUGAUGUUCUUCCGGUCAAUGAUGAUGAGACAAGUCAAACUGUUACAGAUGAGCAAAGUGUUAAAGACACUGGUCCCCAUGAGCAGAAUGGCUCUGACGAAGGAAGUGGUGGUGGUCUUCUAGAAUUUGCUGUUCUUGAGGAAGAGUGUGGGAAUGGGCCACCAGAUUUGAAUAAUGGUGUUAAGAUGGAGGCAAGCAAGACUGACAGUGGUUCACCUGUCCGUGAGGUUGGAACGAGGGACUGCAAUCUAGUAUUUCCAGAAGGAAGUAAUCCCCAGAAAGGGGAAGCAGUUUUGCACAAAUCAGUGAAUGGUGGUGGAGAACUGGAUUGUGAGAAGGAGAAUCAUGAGGGUGCCUUUCAAAAUGGUGAACUGGUUAAAAAUGAAAGUGGGGGGAAAGACACCUGGGUGUCAGAUCAGGAAGUGAAAGAGAAAACGAUAGAGAGUGACCAUGAGGGAAUGCACAGAGAGGUUGAAUCAUCAGGGGUGGAGAAGUCCCUGUCCAACGGUGGAGAGGCACAAAGCCAGCCAGCGGCCACUUCAAAGGAGGACUCUGUGACGGAGGAAAAGGAAAUGGAAGAAAGCAAACAAGAGUGUUGUGAUUCAGUCCGAGGACUUGAAUCUGGCAGAAUGGGCAAACUCAACAACAGCCGACUGCAGCCUGUCAGCGUUCCCUACGGUGGCGCCCGCCCGAAACAGCCUGUCAGUCUAAAGCUACAGAUUCCCCAGCCUUUCUCAAGCCAAGUCCGGAAUGAAUUUGGCUCCACUGGCAAGAACAAGAACCUGGAGCCACAGAGUAGGACAGGAGGCCUUGAGGCAUCUUGUGGAGCAGCUGAGUCUGGGGUUGUUCGAAUGAAUGGAGAGCAUGGAGAUAGCUCUUCAGGCUUACUCAUCCCUUCUGAGAGUCCAGACAAUGACCUUCAAGCAGGACAGCAGUUGAAGAAACCCUUCGGCUCUUUGGGGGAAGUGGCACCUGUUUGGGUUCCUGACUCCCAAGCACCCAUUUGCAUGAAGUGCGAGGUCAAGUUCACCUUCACAAAAAGAAGACAUCAUUGUCGGGCUUGUGGAAAGGUGUUCUGUGCUGCUUGCUGUAGUCUGAAAAGCAGGCUGAUGUACAUGGACAGGAAAGAAGCGAGGGUUUGUGUCACCUGCCACCGUGCCCUUAUGAAUGCUCAUGCAUGGGAGAACAUGGGAGGUGGUUGCAACCAGAGCCCAAAUCCCAACAACCCAGCUGAGUACUGCUCCACUAUUCCCCCUCUGCAGCAAGCCCAGGCAUCAGGAGCGCUCAGCUCCCCACCACCAACCGUCAUGGUGCCUGUUGGUGUCCUGAAACAGCCAGGAUCUGAAGGUUCUCUUCCUCGAGAGCAAAGAAGAGUUUGGUUUGCUGACGGCAUUUUACCCAAUGGGGAAGCUACAGACUCUUCUAAAGGGCAGACGGCAAACCCCAACCCAACACAGCCUGUGGCAGCGUCCCAAUACUCAAACAAAUCCUCAGGAGCAAAUACUUCAGAGGUGGCUCGUGCCACUGGAGCCCCGACCGUCAGCCCUGUGGGCAGCUCUCUCAGUCUAAUCCCAGAGGACGGACUCCCUCCCAUCCUCAUCUCCACAGGCGUCAAAGGAGGUACGGGAGGCCACAUCACAGACUAUGCUGUGGAGGAAAGACCUUCUGAGAUUUUGCUGAUGCAGCAGCUUGAGGAGGGCGGCCCUGAUCCCUUGGUGUUUGUCCUCAAUGCCAACCUGCUGGCCAUGGUCAAACUGGUCAAUUAUGUAAAUAGGAAGUGCUGGUAUAUGACAACAAAGGGUAUGCAUGCUGUGGGCCAGGCAGAGGUUGUAGUGCUUCUACAGUGCCUCCCUGAUGAGAAAACCAUUCCCAAGGACGUCUUCAGCCACUUCGUCCAGCUGUACCGAGAGGCUCUCACAGGAAAUGUGUUAAGUCACCUGGGCCACUCCUUCUUCACUCAGAGCUUCCUGGGCAGCAAGGAGCAUGGCGGAUUUCUUUACAUCAGCCCCACUUUCCAGACCCUGCAGGACCUGCCAUUGCCUAACCCACCCUACCUCUUUGGCAUCCUGGUGCAGAAGUGGGAGACCCCCUGGGCUAAGGUCUUUCCCAUCCGACUCAUGCUCCGCCUAGGGGCGGAAUACCGAUUCUACCCCUGCCCACUAUUUAGUGUUCGCUUCAGAAAACCCCUUUUUGGAGAGACUGGUCAUACCAUUAUGAACUUAUUGGCAGAUUUCCGUAACUACCAGUACACGUUGCCGGUAGUGAAGGGGCUGGUGGUGGACAUGGAAGUGAGGAAGACGUGCAUCAAGAUACCAAGCAACCGUUACAAUGAGCUCAUGAAGGCUAUGAAUAAGUCCAACGAGCAUGUGCUGGCAAUGGGAGCGUGUUUCAAUGAUCGGGCGGAUUCCCAUCUUGUCUGUGUUCAGAACGACGAUGGGAACUACCAGACGCAGGCCAUCAGCAUUCAUCACCAGCCUCGCAAAGUGACUGGGGCCUCCUUCUUUGUGUUCAGCGGGGCUUUAAAGUCUUCAUCGGGCUUCUUGGCUAAGACCAGCAUUGUGGAAGAUGGCGUGAUGGUGCAGAUUACAGCUGAAACUAUGGAGGCUUUACGGCAAGCCCUGAGAGAGAUGAAAGAUUUCAGUAUUGCCUGUGGGAAAGCUGAUCAGGAGGAGAACCAGGAGCACGUCCAUAUACAGUGGGUUGGUGACGACCACAAUGUCAACAAGGGAGUGAUCAGCCCCAUUGAUGGGAAAUCCAUGGAGUCAGUCACCAGCGUUAAGAUCUUCCAUGGCUCGGAGUAUAAAGCCAAUGGGAAAGUCAUUCGUUGGACAGAGGUGUUCUUUCUGCGGAGCGAGGACCAGACCAAUGGCCUGAGCGAUCCUGCAGACCACAGCCGACUCGCUGAGAACGUGGCAAGGGCUUUCUGCAUGGCGCUAUGCCCGCACCUCAAACUUCUCAAGGAGGACGGCAUGGCCAAACUGGGCCUGCGGGUCACGUUAGACUCAGAUCAGGUGGGCUACCUAGCAGGCAGUAACGGUCAGCCGCUGCUCCCCCAGUACCUGAGCGAUCUAGACAGCGCCCUCAUCCCAGUGAUCCACAGCGGGGCUUGCCAGCUAAGUGAAGGGCCUGUGGUGAUGGAGCUCAUCUUCUACAUCCUGGAGAUCAUCUCUUAAAACGAGGGAAUCCGUCCAGUCUCAGACUCACGCCUCCCACCAGCUCGAGUCCCUCUUCGCUCUCUAUCUCUCUCAUUUGCACUUCAAAGAGCCUGAAAGCUGUGCAGGAACAAGUCCUCCAUACCACCUAUGCACCAUCUCCACUGGGACGCCGUCUACCCCAGCCCCGCUGAAUGUGGUGCUCUCUCUUUCGUUCGUUUCUCUUCACCUCUCAACUCCACUGUGGAAACCAUAGGCCCUGUUGAGUCAAAAGGGUUGGCGACCCUGAAUUUGGAUCUCUUCAGAACCGUUGUAGCAACACUAAGCUCUUCAAACUCAAGAGGGCGCUCUACACGCUCAAACCUAAUGGAGACUUCCAGAUGGUGACGACUGACAGAAGAGAAGGUUUCUGGUACACAGUGCCUGGGCCUCAGUUAGAAACGAAGAACGAGCUUCAGUCUCGCCUCUAAGCUUUAUGAAUCACCAGAUGCUUUAUUUCAUUAAUAUGGACCUUGUUUUCUUUUGUUUUUUUGGUUAGAUAAAACUGCUCCAAAGCUAAAAUGAUGUAGCUUCCUCAGAGACGGGCUGCUUGGCAUGGUAGCGGAAAGAUUAUUGGACAGUAUUAGGAACAUUGAUGGACCUCUGUUAUAGACUUCAUUAUUAUUAUUAUAAGACAAUAAAAUACAACAAUAAUUUCAAGCGGCCUUCAGGAAUUCAACUACAACUCUAAGUUCCACAUAAUGGCAGGUUUUGACCGAAGGUCUCAGUCCAAUAAAGCUUUUAUAGUGGAUUGGUUUGGACCGGGAUAGAGGAUGAAAUGUUACCGUUUCUCUGGGCCACUGCAUUUAGCAUCCCAUUCCUGUCCCAUCUCUUCUCUCAACUUUUUUAGUGGCCCAUGUUUAUAUAAUGUUCUGCCAGUGUUUUUAACAUGUUAUCAUAUAAAGGAUUGUGAAAGAAAUAGCAAUGCAGUGCACGGGAUAUUAAGCCAUUAUUAGGAAAUGUAAGGAGGGAAUAAAGAAGAACAGAAUUACUAAUAUUUAAAUGUUUAUUCAAAUAUGAAUGGUGUAUACAUGGAUGAGGAAAGGUUGGAUUUUGAUAAGUGGUUCCAAGCCCUUAAUUCAGCUAUUAGUUUUGGGUUCUUAAUGCUGUUAGUUCACCCAAAAAUGAAAAUUCUGUCAUUAAUUACUCACCCACAUGUCGUUCCAAAUCUGUAAGACCUUUGUUAAUUUUUGCAACACCCAGAGCUUUCUGACCCUAGAUAGACAGCAACAUAACUGACACGUUCAAGGCCCAGAAAGGCAGUGAGAACAUCGUUAAAAUAGUCCAUGUGACAUCAGUGGUUCAACCUUUAUUUUAUAAAGCUACGAGAAUACUUUUUGUGCACAAAGAAAACAAAAAUAACUUUAACAAUAACUUCUCUUUCGUGUUAGUCUUCGACACACAUUAAUGAAAGUACCAUUCGUACGUCGUCUUCCAAGUUCAGAAAGCUCUCUGAUUUUAUCAAAAAUAUCUUAAUUUGUGUUCCCGAAGCUGAAAAAUUCACAAUUGUGUUGGUUCUUAUUUAUAUGACUGGAUUUUGCCUGUGAAAACUGGCAGAAAAACUGUAAAUGUGACCCAACGUUUACAUGUUUUACAGUCAAUAAUUUACAUGCACCUUGAAGAAUAUGCAAAAUGUUAAUUUUUACCAAAAUAAGAAGGAUCGUACAAAAUGCGUGUAAUUUUUUUUUAGUACGGAGUUGAAUAAGAUAUUUCACGUAGAAGACGUUUACAUGUAGUCCACAAGAGAAAAUAUUUUAAUUUUAAAAAAUGACCCCGUUCAAGUUUACAUACACUUGAAUCUUAAUACUGUGUUGUUACCUGAAUCAUCCACAGCUGUUUUUUUUGUUGCUGUUGUUUAAUGAUAGUUGUUUAUGAGUCCCUUGUUUGUCCUGCACAGUUAAACUUCCUGCUGUUCCACAAAUUCUUUGGUUUUUCAGCAUUUUUGCAUUUGUGCAUUUUGCUUAAUGCAUGGUGUUUCCUAUCACUAAAAAAAUUUAAAAAACAAAAAAAACAGCUGUGGAUCAUUCAGGUAACAACACAGAUUUAAGAAUCAAGCGUAUGUAAACUUUUGAACAGAGUCAUUUUUAUGAAUUCAACUUUUUAUUUUAUAUGUAAACAUCUUUUAUGUGAAAUAUCUUAUUCAGGUCUGUAUUAAAAAAAUUGGUAAAAAUUAACAUUUUGCAGAACUUUUGACUUCAACUGUAUGUCUUUUUAUAGAUAUGGCAAUAUCAUUAUCAAAAUGAUUUAGGGAAAAAUAAGAAAAUUAAUAUUUCAGGAUUUUUUUUUUUAAUUACACCUUUACAGGGCGAGCCGUAAUGUCUGAUUCACUGAUAAAUUAUUAAGAACCGGUUGAUUUUAAUAUGUCAAAUGGAUUUGUGAGUUAGCAUGUUUAAUCGGAUUCUGUCAGUCAGUCAGAGCCAUUACAUAGUUUGCAAAAAUUUAUAUGAUUGAAUGGCUAUGUUUAUUGGUUUAAAACCCAUUUUGCUUCUAAACAUUUCAUUUUCACAAGUCAUGUUUGUUUAGUCUGGAGCCCUGCUUUAGAUUCCCUAAUUCAGGUUGUUGUAUCUUUCACUGAUGUAAUAUAUCAUAUAGAAGAAUCUUUGAGAUCACUCACUUCAUAAGUAGGACAUUAUUUUAAUGAUCUUUUUGUAUUGAUUUUUCACUCACAUGGAGAAAAUUGAUUACUACUGCAGUUAGCCAGCUCAUUUUGAAACUGGAAACCAAGAUAAGAAGCUCUUGAAACUCAGGCUAGCACUGUGGGUCACAUUUCAAGAGAAAAGGGCACUUGCCUUAAAAAUUCAUAAGCUGAUAUGUUUAUCAUCGAGACAUAUUCCAAAGGUCAACUAGAUUGUCAAUCACUUCAAAACUGAUAGAAAGACACUGUGACUGCAGAGUGUUUUUAACUAGCCCUCUUUGGCCAACUAAGCAAGUAUUUUGACUAUGACAAUCAAAUUAUAGUUAAUCUAUAAGUCAGAUAAGAAAGUAAAGGUGGGAUGGUAACAUAUUGUCCCGUUUUGCAUAAUGACUCUGAUAUGGUUGGUUUCAUCAGAUGGCCCACGCUUGAUGAACGAGGACAGCAGCUGUUAUGAAGAUCCACAGGAAGUGAACCUCACAGCCCUUUAUUAACAGGUCAACAGUUGAGACAUAAAUCAUGCGUUUCUGGCUUUUGAAGAGCGCUGACAGCUUUGAAAGCAGACUGUUCAUGAAAAAUAAAUGGCAUUACAUGAAAGCUGCAUUGUCUUCCCACUAACACAGCUCAAAACAGCCUUUUGUUACUACCUAUAUCCACCUUUGUCAUUGUUUUUCUAGAUGUGCAGUAUAGUAUAUCUUGACAUUUAUAUAUUUUGUUAACCACAGCCUAUUUCCAUGUAAUUAUUACUGUUUGUUUUUGUUUUUUUGGCCGGCCCAAAGCGUAACAGCAAUGCAUGCUGAAACUGACGAGAAUGUGUAGUUCUCAAAAUCUUUGCAUUUUGACAGCAUUUCAGAGGACGAUCUGUUCAAAGGAACAGUUUUGCAUAUUAUAGAUUUGAUCUGUUAUGAAACACUGUUUAAACCUGACAUGGGUGGA